AUGUCCCCCGAGAUCUCCGACAAGUCCUCCCCCGAAGCCCGGCCCAAUUGCGAAUCGGAAAUUUCUACAGGUCAUGUCUUGGGAGACAAUGAUGCGGAUGGGCUGCAGCGUAGACUCUCCCAGAGACCUAUCCAGCUCAUCAGUAUCGGCGGCUCCAUCGGCACUGCAUUGUUCGUGACCAUUGGAGAGGCCCUCACCAAAGCAGGCCCAGCCGGCCUUUUACUUGCCUAUGCGGUUUACAACAUCAUGCUGGCGAUGGUCAACAACUCCAUGGCAGAAAUGGCUACAUAUAUGCCAGUGAGCGGCGGGUUCAUCCGUCUAGCCUCGAAAUGGGUCGAUGACGCCGUUGGGUUCAUGGUGGGCUGGAACUUCUUCAUCUACGAAGCGCUUCUGAUCCCAUUCGAAAUCACGGCAGUGACACUGGUACUGUCCUUUUGGCGUGAUGAUAUUCCGCCGGAGGCUGUCUGCGUUGCCUGUAUUGUUCUUUAUGCUUUACUGAAUAUCCUAGUCGUGAAAGGCUAUGGCGAGUCCGAGUUUUGGCUCUCCAGCGGCAAGGCCAUCUUGAUGUUUAUGCUUUUUGGCUUUACUUUUGUCACCAUGGUAGGCGGGAAUCCAAAGCAUGACCCAUAUGGAUUCCGCCACUGGAAUCACCCUGGUGCGUUUGUCGAGUAUCUUCACUCUGGAUCUCUCGGACGGUUCGAAGGGUUCCUUGCUGCUCUGUGGAACGCCUCCUAUACGUGUGUCGGACCCGAAUACAUCUCGAUGGUCGCUGCUGAAGCAAAACACCCUCGAAUAUACAUCAAGAACGCUUUUAAAACGGCCUACUGGCGCUUCGGAAUCUUCUUUAUUGGUAGCGCUCUGUGCGUCGGCAUCCUCGUUGCCUAUAACGAUCCUACCCUGAUCGCAGUCAACUCGGGUCAGUCUGGAGGGUCAGGCACGGCUGCAGCCUCACCGUACGUGAUCGCAAUGAACAAUCUUGGUGUCGGCGUUCUCCCUCAUAUAGUCAACGCACUUCUUGUGACCACGAUCUUCUCCGCCGGCAACACCUACUUCUAUGCCGCGUCGAGGAGUCUGCACGGGCUUGCAGUCGAUGGUAAAGCGCCUGGUUUCUUAAAACGGUGCACUAAAGGGGGCGUCCCCAUAUAUUGCGUGGCUAUGACCCUCGCAUUUCCCUUUCUUUCCUUCCUGCAGUUGUCCAACAGCGCAGCCCAGGUGCUCACCUGGCUGAUUAACCUGUGCACUGCAUCUGUCAUGAUCAAUUACAUGGUGAUGUGCGGAACGUACAUCUCUUUCUACCGGGCAUGUAAAGCGCAGGGUUUUGACCGUUCAAACCUCCCCUACCAAGGAUGGUUCCAGCCCUGGUGCGCGUACAUUGGCCUGGGGUGGAUGUUCCUCAUUGUCACCUGUUACGGGUACGAGAGCUUCACGCCAUGGGAUGUCACUGGGUUUUUCACGCACUACACUAUGCAGAUCUUUGCUAUCUUUCUCUUCUGCGGAUGGAAGCUUCUCAAAAGGACGCGUCAUGUGCGGCCUCAUGAAGUUGAUAUAUACUGGGAUGCGGAUAAGAUUACGAUGUACGAGCAGGCAGCUACGGUAACGGACCCUCCUGUUGGUUUUUGGAGGGAGAUCGCACAGCCCUUCCUGCCUAGCGGUCUAUCUGUUCGUGCGCAUAGGGACACCACAGCUUGA